AUGGAAACUACAAGCAAGGUUAUCAAGUGCAAGGCUGCAGUUGCCUGGGAGGCUGGGAAGCCUCUUUCUAUAGAGGAGGUAGAGGUGGCACCCCCAAAGGCUCAUGAAGUUCGAAUUAAGAUUAUUGCCACUGCAGUCUGCCACACUGAUGCCUAUACAUUGAGUGGGGCUGAUCCUGAAGGGAGUUAUCCAGUGAUCUUGGGACAUGAAGGUGCUGGAAUUGUGGAGAGUGUUGGUGAAGGAGUUACUAAGCUGAAGGCAGGUGAUACUGUCAUCCCACUCUACAUCCCCCAGUGUGGAGAAUGCAAAUUUUGUCUGAAUCCUAAAACAAACCUUUGCCAGAAAAUAAGAGUCACUCAAGGAAAAGGAUUAAUGCCAGAUGGCACUAGCAGAUUUACUUGUAAAGGAAAGACAAUUUUACAUUACAUGGGAACCAGCACGUUUUCUGAAUACACAGUUGUGGCUGACAUUUCUGUUGCUAAAAUUGAUCCUUUAGCACCUCUGGAUAAAGUAUGCCUUCUGGGUUGUGGCAUUUCAACUGGUUAUGGUGCAGCUUUGAACGCUGCCAAGGUGGAGCCCGGCUCUACAUGUGCUGUCUUUGGCCUGGGAGGAGUUGGACUGGCAGUUAUCAUGGGCUGUAAGGUGGCCGGUGCAACCCGGAUCAUUGGUGUGGACAUCAAUAAGGACAAAUUCACAAGAGCCAAGGAGUUUGGGGCCUCUGAGUGUAUUAACCCCCAGGACUUCAGUAAACCAAUCCAGGAAGUGCUCAUUGAGAUGACUGAUGGGGGAGUCGACUAUUCGUUUGAGUGUAUUGGUAAUGUGAAAGUCAUGAGAGCCGCGCUGGAGGCCUGCCACAAAGGCUGGGGCACCAGCGUGGUAGUGGGAGUAGCUGCCUCUGGUGAAGAAAUCGCCACUCGUCCGUUCCAGCUAGUCACAGGCCGCACGUGGAAAGGCACUGCCUUUGGAGGAUGGAAGAGUGUAGAAAGUGUCCCAAAGUUGGUGUCUGAAUAUAUGUCCAAAAAGAUAAAAGUUGAUGAGUUUGUGACUCACAGUCUACCUUUUGACCAAAUUAAUGAAGCCUUUGAUCUGAUGCAUGCAGGAAAGAGUAUCCGAACUGUUGUAAAGCUUUAA